AUGGCUCGCGGACGUGGAGGCAGCUCUCAUGGCCAACGCCGCCCGGUCGACCUGACCGGGAUCAUUUCAAUAGCAGAGAAGAAUGACUUGGUGACACUCAUCAAUGCCAUCACGGAGAGAAUGGCUCGAGACAUUAGCAACGUCUUUGACUCUCCCCCCGUCGUCCCUAUCCAAGGUGACCACGGCCACCAUCACUGGCUUAUGAUUCCACUACUGCAUCACAGACAGAACAGAUCAACAUCGCAUUCUCAUUCUCUCAUUGGACUGAAGCACCCUAAUCUAUCAAAGUCAUUUGAGAAGACGAGAGAGAUAAUCGAAAAAGAAGAACAGGAAGCCAUGACGCCCCAGCUACGGGAGUUGAAGAAGGAGGCCUUGGUCUUCUUCCGCAAAUGGCAGAGUACUGUUUUGCAACGAAUUCGAGAUAUUGCUGUCAACGAACAGCAGACUCCCCAGGGAAGCAUUCGGGGCCGCGGACGUGGCAUGAGAGGAGCUCCUCGAGGCCGAGGUGGAGGAGGCCGCGGAGGUGGAAUGACGCGAAGCCCCCUAACUCUAGCGACAGGCCCGCCGCGAGCACCGUCGAACUACGUGGAUCGUGAUUUGGCCGCUCGUUAUCCCCCUAUUCCGAAUACUCUCUGGUCGCUCGACCUCGACAAGCGCAAGCUCCUUCUCCAUAUUGUCUUCUUGGUCUUGCUGUCCAUGCAAGAGUAUACGGCAAACUCACGACAGCUCCUGGUGAGCCUCACUACAUCGCUCAAUCUCCCGCCUAAAAUCUAUCGGGAUGAGGAACUGCGCCUUGCUCAAGGAUUAGCCAAAGCGGCCAUUGAUCUUUCCUCGGAGGACGCUGUCAGCCAGAAAUCUGAAGAGUCGAAGAGCUCACGUCGCUGGAAGGUGGGAUUGGGAUGCGGUACGGGAAAACUUGCCGCUCCCCUUUCCGGCGUCGGCAUUGGUACUGCGCACGACGGCCUGGGUCUCACUCCGUAUGCUGCGGCAGGUCUCUUGGGUUCCAUGGCAGAGAACGCAACGCAAAUGGGCGCACUUUUCGGUAUCAUUGCUUCGAAGCCGACAGCCAAGAUGAUGGAGGCCUUUACUCGAGAGAUUCAAGACUUUGGAUUCAUCCCUGUCCACGGGUUGGACGGGUCUGAAUAUCGUGACGCCCGAGAGUUCCCGGUAGAGCAUCGCAGACUCAGUCUGACAAUUGCUCUCAGUGGUUUCCUUCUCGAGGACGAAGAGAUCACGAAGAGUUGGCGCUGUUUGGGUCGCCAUAGCGAGUCCUAUGUCACGCGGUGGGAAGUUGCAGCUCUUACGAACCUUGGUAGCUCUCUUGAGACUGCCAUAAAGAGUAGUGCUUGGAAAGAGGGCAAGGCAGAGAUCGAAGCUCGGACAAUUUUUUCGUGCCUCAUCGAGUCCACCUGGCCUGUUGCACUGCUCAAGAUUAGCAAGAUUAUCGACAAUACUUGGAGUGUCGGAAUGGUCAGAGCGGAAAAGGCCGGUGCAGUACUGGCCGACGCCAUCAUGCGACAGAAGUUCCAAGGUGACAGGCCGGUUUCCUUGAUUGGAUACAGCCUUGGGGCUCGAGCCAUAUAUACGUGUCUCAUGGUGUUGGCAGAGCGACGACAGUUUGGAAUCAUCGACUCGGUCAUCAUGAUGGGCACUCCGGCGCCAUCGGAGAGUCGAGUGUGGCUGACGCUCAAGAGCGUUGUAUGCGGCCGCUUAAUCAACGUCUAUUCGGAGCAAGACUAUAUCCUGGGCUUUCUUUAUCGAACCUCGAAUACUCAUUUCGGUGUUGCCGGUCUGCAGGAGAUUCAGGGAGCCGAUGGAGUAGAGAACUACAGAGUGCGGAGUCUUCCGCGGGGCCAUCUGAGCUACCAAAGCCAGGUUGGCGUGGUGUUGAAGAAUGUCGGUUGGGAGGACGUCAGUAGGGAUAUUGUCAGGGCGGCAAAGUGA